AAUAAUCCACAGUAUCUGAUUCAUUUGAGUGACCUGGAUCCGAAAGAUGAUGAUCAUUUGUGUACGGUGAUUGUAGCGUUGAUGCAGAAGUAUCGUCGUGAGUUGAAACAUGCCGGAAUCGAGAAAGUUUCUAUUGGAUUCCGUAUUUAUGAUGCUGAUGGAACCAGUGGACGUCUCGAUAAAAAAUUUUUCAGUUCGCACAAACCGUGUGCUCAAACGGCUUCUUUCACCCACAUGAGAGAGGCAGGUUAUCACGGCAUUGAUUUAUUCGAUUUACUGUGUUUGAUCUAUUCGUUCGAUCAUCGAGAAAUCUUUGAACAUACUCGUAUCUUCUAA